GGAGGUACGAGAGGGAUAGCCUUCAUCGAAGGCGCUUGGACGCAUCGCGUUUCGCUUGAGGACGGAGAACAUGCUGGCGCAUACUUGCGGCAGCUUCAUCUUCACCAGGCGCGAGGGGCCUUGAGCACAAAGGCUAUGCUCGACAACACAGACAGGCAAUGAGCCCGCGUAGAAUGAGUGCCAAGGACGUCCUCGGCGCGCAAGCAAUAGCCCAUGCAUACCAGUGACAGAAUCUGAAAUAGCUCGGCCGUGUACUCAUAUCGAAGGGCGUGCAAAUGAAGGACCCUUGCGAAGCUUCUGCUUGCCCAGAUGUGAUGAAGCGUGUUUGCGCGGACAACUUUGCCCAGAUCACUAUGCCAUUGCGACGUCGCCCAGCCAUCUUGCAAAGCACCAAUCACUCACGGAAGUCCCUUUCCAUCCUCACCAAUCGGUUUGAUAGGAUCAUAUUUGGUCAUGGCGGCGGUUGCCGGUACCUGAUUGACUCGCAUUUCGUCCCUACUCGGCGGCCCGUGACAGAGCCAAGAAUCUGGCGAUCGUCGCAAGGCUUUGCGGUCCGUUGAUGGGCGAGCAUGGGGAAAUAGCUCCCACGCAUUUCCGGCAACCGAAGGUCCGUCAUCUCUGUCACGCGAAUUAAGCCGUGCUGAAGACUGCCCAUAUUCGUCUUCUGACACUAAAUAUAGCCACAGUACAGCUUGAGCAAUCUUUUGGUCAUUUUUCGGGGCACAAUUUACCUUUCAAAUGGCACUUUGAUGAGCAAAGUGAAAGUCCGCGGGGUGCUUGUGUCGGUAACCUCAGCGCGAGCGUGGUGCACUCUGCUCGGAUCUGGACGCCUCGGGGCCCAUGUAUAAGACGGCAUGUUGCAGGCCCCAAGCAUCUCCGAGAC